UUGGAAUGGGACUACAUUGAUAUAUAAUAAAAUCAAAUUCACCUUGGGGUUAUUCUUGUAGAUAUUGUUUUUUCUUUUUCCUUCUUCUCUUUUCUCCCUUUCUCCUCCUUCUCUUUCUUCUUUUCUCUCUUUCCUCCAUGUCGAACAGAUAAUCAGCUAAUCGGUCAUCGUCCCUUUUUAAUCCUUGUCUGGAUCAUCAGAAGCAACCUUUGGAGUACUUCAGCGAAACGACAAUGUCUCACCCAGUAACUUCUAUAUACUCCAAUAAGAGUGUGAUCGAGCAAGAUCUUGAAGCUAAUGGAGAUUCUUCAUCUCAAAGUAAACCAGAAUUGGGACAUAAGGACCCAAAAAGUGAAAAAGAUGGUUGUGCCGGUUUAGAAAAAUAUGUUUCUGAAGAAGUUUCAGAAAGUGAUAGCUCGACUAAAUUAUCAUGGAUACAGAGAUUGAAAUUGAAAUUUCCGUAUCAUAGAUUAGCUAUCCAUAUAUUUGUUGGCUGUUUUUUCACUGCUUGGUGGUUAUCCAUUAUUAUUCAAGAUAAACAUAGACACCAAUGGUUAAUUCCAACUGUUUUAUGGGGCAUGCUUAUGGUUAGAUUAAUUUCGUUUCAUUGUCGUAUUUUAUACUGGAUUUUCCACCAAAUAAGUUUUGUAUGGACUUCAGCUACUAAUUUCAUUUAUACCAAGGUGUUAGUUAGAAGAGGACAUCGUUUAAUUGUUGGUGCUAUAAUCUGUAUUGCAGUUAUAUUAUUGGGUACUUUUGUCCCCAGUGAAGUUGCUUAUUCUAAAAGAGAAGAUCGUGCUAUUUCAUUCUUUGGUCUUGUUGUUGCCAUUUUUGGAUUAUGGGCUACUUCCAAACAUAGAUCUAAAAUCCAAUGGAAUAGUGUAAUUGGAGGUAUGUUGAUGCAAUUCAUUAUAGCAUUAUUUGUAUUGAGAACUAAAUGUGGUUAUGACGUUUUCAAUUUCAUUUCUACUUUAGCUAGAGAAUUAUUAGGUUUUUCAAAAGAUGGUGUUGCUUUCCUUACUAAUUCUUCAGUUGCACAUUUAUCGAUGUUUUUCUUUACUGUUUUACCUUCAGUUGCAUUUUUCGUUGCAUUUAUUCAUAUUUUAAGUUAUUACGGUGUUUUAGUUUGGUUCAUCAAAAAAUUCUCUGCAAUCUUCUUUUGGAGUCUUAGAAUUUCAGGAGCUGAAGCCAUCACUGCUAGUGCUUCUCCUUUCCUUGGUAUUGGUGAAAGUGCCAUUUUAAUUAAAGAUUUAAUUCCUUAUUUAACCAAAGCUGAACUUCAUCAAAUUAUGACUUCUGGGUUUGCUACUAUUUCCGGUGCAGUUUUGGUUGGUUAUAUUGGUUUGGGGUUAAAUGCUCAAGCUUUGGUUAGUUCAUGUGUUAUGUCUAUUCCUGCUGCUAUUGCAAUUUCAAAAUUGAGAUACCCUGAAACUGAAGAAUGUUUAACUAGUGGAUCAGCAGAAAUUCCAAAACCCGAAGUUGAAGAUAAGGAUAAACCUACAAAUGUCUUACAAGCCUUCUCAAAUGGUGCUAAUCUUGGUUUAAGAACUGCAGGUACUAUGAUGAUUCAAUGUAUGUGCAUUAUUGGUUUGGUUGCUUUAAUUAAUGGUCUUUUAACUUGGUUUGGUAAAUUUUGGAACAUUGGUGAACUUACUUUAGAAUUAAUCCUUUCUUAUAUUCUUUACCCAGUUUCUUUCCUCCUAGGUGUUCCAAGAAAUGAAAUUUUAUUGGUUUCAAAGUUAAUUGCCUAUAAAGUUAUCCAAAAUGAAUAUGUCGCUUAUAAUUUACUUAUGAACGAAUCCCCUUACAAAGAAAUGUCAAAAAGAGGUAUCUUAAUCGCUACUUACUCGGUUUGUGGUUUUGCUAAUCUUGGUAGUAUGGGUAUCACCAUCGGGGUUCUUAAUACUCUUCUGAACAAUAAAAGAUCGAAAGAUAUUGCUCAAAACAUCAUGUCUGCCUUGAUAUGUGGUGGUAUUUCCACUUUAACCUCAGCCGCAAUUGCUGGUAUGGUUAUGCAUGACUCUGGAGCUUUUUAAGAUCUUUCUUAUUUAUUAUUUCCUUCUAUCUUAUACCCUUUAUCAUAAAUUGUUCAUCUUGUGUAAAUGUUAUAUAUAGUGUUUUUUUAUAAAUUCUUUCAUCGUUUUUCCUUUUUUUUAAUGACUAGUUAAAACUCUAAUACUUUUCCCUUCUUUUAAUGACAAUAAUUUCAU